AUGGAGAACUCGCCGCUCGCACGCCUCCCACCGGAGCUACGCAAUCUUGUCUACGAGCACGCUCUUGCCGAGGAUGAUGCAUACAAUUUGAUGCGCUUGUUCUCUAUGAGUACUACACCUCGAGCCGACAGCCUGCGCGUCUGUGGUCUUCCGCGCACCUGCAAGGAUAUUCGAGCAGAAACAUACGGCCUCUACUUCGCGUUGAACAAGCUCGUGCUUGCUUUCGACGCUUUCGAUCUCGCGGAGUACGGGAUCUGGCGAUUCAUGGAAGUCAUCAUAGAUCGCAUUCGUCUCAUGCCGCAUGAAAACGCUCGGCUCAUUCGCCACUAUGUUUUGGAACUAGAUGGUUACAGUACCUGGAUCCAGGCUCGCUUCGACUGGUGGCGUACAGACGAUAUUGACGUGCUCAUAGCGCUGCUGCAUCCCUCCGCAGUCGUGCAGCUUCACAUCAACAUCCACUUUGCGGUGGGUGAGUACCCAGACAGACGCUGUGUGUGCAAUGCGCGUGUCAUACUGCCGCUUCACAAGCCGCUCACCAUCGAGGACGAAGUCGCCAGUCAAUUGAAGGAGAUUGUGGCCACAGAGAGCGGCAUGACAGUCGUGCAAGGCAUGAAAGAGAUCAAAUCCAGCAUCACCUUUUUGGCAAAAGAUCUGGCGGUUGCGCUGAGCAGAUCAUCAAUCGCAAGAGGCACGUAG